AUGGAAGAGGAUUAGGAAAAAUUUUUAGAUGAGCAUAUGGCCGUCGUCAGAUAGCAAGCUUUCUACAUGAAGAAAGCUCUUGACCACAAUAGCUUAAGAGAGGCACUAAAGCACUCAUCUGCUAUGCUUUGUGAGCUCAAGACAUCUCUACUUUCUCCAAGAAACUAUUUCAAUCUUUUCAUGAUGGUAUUCGAUGAGCUAGGAUAUUUAGAGAAUCAUUUUAUUGAAGAAUCAAGUAAGGGAAGAAAGAUGGCAGAUCUAUAUGAGUCAGUAUAACACGCAGGAAAUAUAAUUCCCCGUCUAUAUCUUAUGAUUACAGUCGGUUCCGCUUACGUUAAAAUUAAGGAGGCACCAGUCAAACUAAUUUUAAGAGAUCUCCUAGAUAUGGUUAAGGGUGUUUAAUAGCCAGUAAGAGGACUGUUCUUAAGAUACUAUUUGCUAAAGAUGAUGAAGGAUAAGCUUCCAGACAAGGGUUCAACUUAUGAAGGUGAAGGAGGAGAUGUAAAUGAUGCUAUUGAAUUCAUUCUUUAAAAUAUGAGUGAGAUGAAUAGAUUAUGGGUGCGUCUUCAGCACUUAUCUUCAACAAAGGAUAAAGAGCAGAGAGAGAUUGAGCGUAACGAACUCAGAGUUACUGUCGGUGAGAAUAUUAUCAGACUAGGUCAUUUGGAUGGGUUAACUUAUGAUAUUUAUAAAUCAGUGGUACUUCCCAAGAUAUUAGAGAUAAUUGUCAUUUGCAAGGAUACUAUGGCGCAAUAAUAUCUCAUGGACUGCAUCAUCCAAGUAUUCCCAGAUGAGUAUCAUCUACAGUCCCUUGAAUCACUAUUAGACACUACAAGUAAUCUCAACUCAAAUGUGGAUAUUAAGAGCAUUUUCAUAAAUUUGAUGGAGAAGCUUUCUAAAUUCGCAGCUAAUGCAGAUAGUGAUGUAGUUACCAUCAAUAAAGACUUGGACAUUUUCAAACUCUUCAAAAAGUACACUGACAAAAUUAUUGAAGAACAAGGAAAAACCAUUGAAGUUGCUAGACUCCUAGAAUUAGAAGUCGCAUUUAUGAAUUUCUCUAUCAAGACCUAUCCCAAGAAUAUCAACUAUGUGAAUUAAAUUUUGGAGAGUUGUGUUUAAAUUCUAAAGUCCACUACAAUCCAUAACUCAGAUAACAAUUCAAUGAAACUCCUUGUCAAGCUUCUUUCAAUUCCCCUUGAGUCAUUGUCGAUAGCUGUUCUGAAUAUGAACCACUAUCCUACUCUCAUGAAAUAUAUGAAGUUUAAUAAUCGACGUACUGUAGCCCUAAGAAUUGUGAAGGCAGUCAUUAAUGACAAAAAUCAUUUGAGUUCUCCAAAAACUGUUGAUCAGCUAAUAGACUUCAUUAUGCCCUUAUUGCAAGAUGAUAAGGACAGUUCUGAGGAAGAUCCAUAGGAGUUUGAAGAGGGUCAAGUAGCAGUAGCUAAGCUUGUCCACCUAGUUUACCAUAAGACAAAUAUCGAUCUGUAUUUUGAGAUCCUCAUGAAAUUCAAGAGAAUCUUUGUUAAAGGAGGUAUUAAGAGAAUGAAGUACACAUUACCAGCAAUGAUUUUCAGUCUAUUCAGACUAUCUCAGGAGUUGGUGAACAGACCUUCUAUGGGACAUGAGGAAGAAAUAAAGAUGGAAGAUGAUGAACCAUCACUCAAAUUGCCUAUGGUUGAUUAGGUAAAGAUCUUCAAAUGUGUGGGAGAACUUAUUGGACUCAUCAAGCAGUAGUAUCCAGAUCUCUCUCUUAGAUUGUACCUUCAAGCAGCAGAGGCAGUUAACAGGAUACCAAACUAUCAUGAGCUUGAGGAAGAAGCAUAUGAUUUCUGCACUAAUUCUCUACUUAUCUACGAGGAGGAAUUGAGUGAUAGUGAAGCCAAGUUUGCUGCUAUCAAUUUGAUUGUCUCAACAAUGUUCACUCUAGUUUGCUUUGGCUAAGAAAACUAUGAUACACUUGUUACUAACACUGUAUCAUAUUGCUCUAAACUGCUUAAGAAGCCUUCUUAGUGCGAGGCUAUUACUUUUGCCUCCUCCCUUUACUACUCCAACUUCAAAAAGCAAGGUAACAAAGUUAUGGACUGUCUUAAAAGAGCCAUUAAAAUCGCAGAUAUUUGCCAGAAUUAAGCCAAGAAUCUAUAUUUAUUCGCAAUCAUCCUAAAUAAAUAUCUAUAUUUCUAUAGCAUUGAUGCUGAAUUUAUUACUGCUGAAGACAUAAAUAACUUAUUGGACCUUAUUAAAGAACAGAUAGAUCAAAUAGAGAACGGUUCAGAAGAUCAAGUAAAAGAUGCAUUAAAGUACUUCUAGAAUACAAAGGCAGCAAUCAAGCUCAAGUAGGAAGAACAGUCAAAGUAUAAAGAUAUCAAUAUUCAUGCCAUCUGA